AUGGUGCAGAAAGCAUACGCUACCCUGCUCACCAACCCAACUUAUUUGGCUGGUGCCCUCGUAUUGCACCAUUGCCUGGUUUCUGUUGGUUCAAAGUACCCGCUAGUUGUCAUGGUCACACCGAGUUUCCCCCAAGAAGCCAGAGAGGUCAUCAGGAAGAGAGGAAUUAUGCUGAGAGACAUAGAUCACCUGAACCCUGAAAAAGACGUGCAUCACCUCUCAGACCACGACGCACGGUUCUCCGAUACGUGGACCAAACUGAGAUGUUUUGAGCUUGAGGAAUACGACCGCCUUGUGAUGCUCGAUUCUGACAUGAUAAUUAUGCGGAAUAUGGACGAGCUCAUGGACCUCGAGCUUCCUCGUGACUGGAUCGCCGCGGCGCAUGUAUGCGCCUGUAACCCGCGCAAGUUGCCACACUACCCUGCUGACUGGGUUCCAGCGAACUGCGCCCACACCUCCAUGGUGCACCCAGAAGCGCUCUCCUCGCCGCCCACCAUCACAGAGUCGAGUCCCCGCCCGUACACACAGCUGAACUCUGGUACAGUCGUUCUCCACCCGUCCCACGAGCUCUCCGAAGGCCUCAAACACUUCCUCUCCACGUCACCGCUCGUGCCGACGUUUUCCUUCCCCGACCAGGACCUCCUCUCCGCUUUCUUCAAAGGUAAAUGGAAACCGCUGCCAUGGUGCUACAACGCCCUCAAGCCGCUCCGACUGAUCCACAAGCCGAUGUGGCGAGACGAAGAGGUACGGUGUCUGCAUUACAUCCUAAAGGACAAGCCAUGGCACCAGCCACCCGGUACUGGGGGAGAGUUCGAGGAGGUCAACAAGUGGUGGUGGGAUCGCUACGAGAGAGUGGCUGCAGAGCUGAGAUCGUCAGAUGCGGAAGGCUGGGAGCUGGUCUCUUCCAUGCUGAGAAAUUAA